GUGAACCACUCGCUAGCUAGCUCGCUCCAGAGCACAAGUGGCCGGCAGUGCAGUGCGGAGUAGCACUACUGUUACAGUGUUAGCAGGCUAGGCAGAGCAAGCACGCUGACAAGUGACAUACCAAACCGCGCACGUCGUGCCCAGGCUGAUGUAAGUAAUGAGUGGUGCAUGGUGCAAAGAAAACAGGAUUUUUUCAUUGCUAUCUCUCAGUGACUGAAUCUGUGAAUGAAGAAACUGUAGCUUCAUUUAUUUGGAGUAGACGAUCAAGAACCAAAGCCUGUUUGUAAACUAAUCAGGGAAGAAUCGUUGCUGAAAUCGCCAUGGCUCUUCCCUUGGAGGCACGUGGUCGAUCAGCGACCGUAGCAGCUAUGCAACAGGGUAAAAUAGACACGCUAGAUCCAGUAGGUGCUUUGGAGCGCACAUCGAGUGAUUCUCACCUCUCGAAACCCACUCAAGCCGAUCCAUUGCUGCAGCUUGCUGAAGAAAGUGCGACUGGUGGCGGCGGUACGGCGGACAAGCAGGGUCAAACUGGAGGGGACGCGGCGGCCGUGCGACUAGCCGAAGCUGAGGGUCAGGCCACCGCGUCGGCCACAGCUAACACGGACACGGAGCCAGUGCCACUGUACAAGUUAGCGGCUGCAGCGGCUGAGCAUGAGAGCGACGAAGAUCUAGCCGCGGAGCGGGCCAUAGCUGAAGCACGAGCAAUGCGAGCUGAACUGAACGAAACCGACGGCGGCGUCGCGAGCCCUACAGAGAGCACCGCGAAGAUAGCAGCGUCAGAGGCCUCAGACUCAGAGGCUGCGACUUCUUCUCGUGCCGGCAACGAGGCGCAGUCACAAGUCGAGGAUGAAAGCAAAAAUCAACAGCAGUCAGCAAGCAAGGACACUAGUGCAGCAGCAGCAGUUACAUUACAACAAAACGAAGAAGAAAAGCUGCCUGCUGGUGGCGAAAGUAGCAUUGACGGAGGCGUUGCUAGCGCAGGCGCUGCAGGGUCAGGCAGUGUCAAGUUCGACCCGUGGCUGGAGAAGGUAAUACCAGAGGAGGAGGCAGCAGCAGCAGCAGCAGCACCUACGAGCCACCAGCCUCCAUCCUUCGCACGAUUCUUUGGCUUGGGCAGCAGGAACGAUCCUGUGGCCACUCGUGUUAGUCGCUGGAUGCCGUUCGAUAGCCAGAGCGAUGCCAAGGCAGCCAGUCGGCGCUCCGCUUCCGACUGGUGGGCCACGCCAGAAGAACCCGGAGAUGCGUCGACGGCAGGAGCUACCAUCGACACAAACAAUGCACAGGUGACGGAGCUCGCGCCCACGAAUCCGUUCGCAGCCGAUGUCAAACGUAUCAAGGAAGAGGACGAUACAACAGAGCAGCCAGCUGCGGUCAGUAGCGAAGCUGAUGCAACGCCUGCCGACGCUGGGAAGACCAACGCUUCCGCCGAUGCUUCGGAUGAUCGGGAGCUGAUCGCUGCAGCUUCAGCUGAUGACAAUGUGGCUGCGGACAAAACCGAACCUGCUGAAGCUAGUGCUGCGGCUGCUGCUGUUACGACACUCGUUUCAAGCACGGCACUUGAUGACAAGAAGUUGGACGACUCGUGGAAGUUGAUGCUGAAGUCGGCGUUGCUGUCUCGCUCUGCAAGCCGCGACAAGCACUCCAGUGCGGUGGAAUACCAUCCGUACAUUGUCUUGCUGAAGGACGACAAGCUCUGCAUCCACCAUGUUCCAGAAUUCUUCCGCGAGAUCAGUGGCAAGACGUCGUCCUAUGCUGACCAGGUUGGCAAGCGCCAGCCCAUCAUGGAGCUGAAAAUUGAGCCAGCUAUGCGAUUUGGCAACGUGGAGCGAAAACGAGUCAUCCGCGACUCACGAGCGCGUCUGCACAUUGCCAAGCUGCAGAGCUGGCAGCAACGCGAGUUCCGUGGCCUCCGGGCUUUGCUCGGCUCCAGCACAAGAACGGAAGUGCGCACCGUGCUGAAGGUUGGCAGUGCCAGUCUGACGACGCUGGAAUCGUUCAUGGAGGCCAUCGACAGAAGAAUACGCCUCAUGCCAGUGGACAUGGCGCAGGAGAUUUCAUUCCGUCGCGAUGAGAUCUACUGUGAUCUAGUGGAUGACUGUGAUGUAAUGCUGGCGUUUGACGGCACUCUGUUAUCGCGUCGCUCGACUGUACACGUGAUGGUGCAAGCCUAUCUGAGUGGACAGGCUGAUUGUCAGAUGGUCCUGAACGACCGUAAGCUGGCCACGGAGCAGCGAAACAACCCGUCCGGCCUGUUCCUACCGGCUUCCAAGGAGCUCAUUGACAUGUCGCACGUGGAAUGUCACAGUGCUACCAACAGGGAGGUUUUCGAGCAGUCACGACUUGUCCACUUCACAUGCUUGAAGGGCUUGCGAUUCGAAGCUCUUCGGUUCCAGGUGACUGGCUCGCUGCCACCGCCACUUGAAGUGCGCGGCCUGCUGUGCGAGACGGUCGAGAACGUCGUCAACCUGCGCGCCAACCUGAAGUGGCACCCGCAGAGCGGCCGUGUGCGCUUUGCCGUGCACGACAUUGAGUUCCACAUCCCCGUGCCCAGCUCAUGGUGCGGCAUUCUCGAGACGAAGAACGCGCUGGGCAUGCGCCGCAGCAUCAAGGCAAGGAACUCGUUCCGUGGCAGCGUUCGUCGGAAGCGGCAGACUACAUCGGCCAGCCUAGAUGUGAGUGUGGGAAGCGCCAAGUACGAGCCAGAGGGUGAAGCGCUGGUGUGGCGCAUUGAGGACUUCCCGACGGAGCGCAAUGCCAAUGCCACGCUGACGUGUCGUCUGGAGCUGACGCCUAGCAUGGAGCGUGCAGACUUUGAGAACAAGCAGUGCGUGAUGCGCUACGGCGUGGCGGGGUCCUGCGUGAGCGGCACGGCAGUCUGGUCGUUGCAGGUGCCCUCCGUGCAAGUCAAACCAGCCAAAAAGUGGGUGAAGUACGACACAAAGUUCCGCUAUGCCAUCGACAUGCUGCCGAGCAGCAAGUAUGAGAUUGCCGGUGAGGACGAUUAGCCCGCAGUUCUAUAGCAUGGCGGAUAGAAUGCCGGUUAACUCUAGGCUUGUAUGAACCUGCUUGAACAAGUAUUUGUCAGGUUUCUUUGUUUUUGUUUUUCUUGCUCGGUGGUGAUUGGCAAUAGAACCAGGCUCCCAUCCUUCUCGACUAGUCGUAUUUUAUAUUUAACCAGAGUUUUAUUACCCAAUGACUGUGUGCUUAGCUAUUUGCUUCUUUUUGCAAUAGCAAGUCUGCACUGGGAGAUGCUGGUUAACACCCUAUUUUUGGCAGGCACCAUGAUUUCUUGCCAGCAUGUUGUGCUCAUCUUUCUUAGUCUAUACGCCAGCCUGAUAUUUCUGAUGUGCCAGGACAGUAACAUAAGGACGAGUGAAAUGAUUUUUUUCCAUCGAAUCACACCCUGGCCAAUGUUUAGUCGCAUAUCGGCGGGAUCUUUGGGUAUCAUAUCGUAUGCCAACGCUUUUUGGUGGCGUAUGUCGUGGGCACAACUUCGAGCCUGGCAUCCGUGCGGUGUGGCCAUUCAGCUUGCCCCGAUCCCCUGCCCUUCCAAAAAAAAACCCAACAGAAAUCUAUUUUCAUUAUUGCUUCUACCGGGCCAUUUCAAGAGUUUCUUAUCAAUUAGUCUCAGAUUGUUUACCAUUGAUUGGCAUUGUUAGACCGCCGUACAGUGUUCGGGCGGAUUUGUAUACUACUGUUAAUAAUCAGUGUAGGUGUAGAAUGCUUGAAAUUGCCGUACAUGCUACAUCGUCCUUGCACCAGGAUGCAUGUCUUAGAAAUGCUUCAUUCAUAUGGCAGCUCUUGCUCAAGUAGUCGGUUUUCCUAUUCCGCAGCGGAGUCUUGACAUGUAUUGUUUCCCUAGAAUCUGCUGAAUUUUAUUGGAUUGAAUGCCGAACUGAAAGGAAGGAUAACUGAGCAAAUGCUCCGAGUGA